CUGGAGUCCCGCCUCCGCCACGCGCGGCCCUGAAAGAGUCCCCGUUGCCGUGGAAACGGGGAUUGUUGUGGUUGUUGCUGAAGGCGGCGUGGUGCUGGGUCGGUUCCUUCCAGCGCGCGCGUGAGCCGAGUUCCAAAGGGACCUGCCCCCCCCCGCACUCCUGGCUUGAGGAAUGAGGAAUAUGAGCAAAGAGCCCUCUGGACCCCCCAACCGAUAUGCUCCUUGUGAAUGGUACUACCAUGUUCCACUGAAACGAUCAGAGAAAUCUGUGAACUCAGAAAUCCCAAUCCCUCCACCAUCCCAGAUCCCAGGUCUGAGCAACCUCGGAGAGUAUCACAAUGAAAUUACAUUUGGGAGCCGCAGGAAAUGGAUCAAAGACACAGACUCAGAAUAUGUAAAGCUGGCAAAGCAAGGAGGCCGACCUGAUUUGUUGAAACAUUUUACACCUAGUACAAGAAAAACAUCCCCAGUAGCUUAUGCUGCACCUGACUGGUAUACACACCACAGUAAACCACCACCAGAUGAUGAAUCUAAAGCCCAUGUUUCCUCAGUGCCUGACUACAUGGUUCAUGAAGAGUUUAAGUCUGAUCAGCUCAAUGGUAACUAUGAAACAAAAAGAGGGCCUUUUGAUUUUGAUAUGAAAAGUAUUUGGCAGAGGGAUGCUGAGGACAAGGAGAACAAAGAGAAAAAAAAGGAAAAUGCUGCUCAAGUUGAGGUCCAUGUGGGCAACACAAAAGAGGUAAAGCUUCCUGCUAUAAACCCCAAAUACCCAAACAGAAUACCACCCUCUACUGCAAAUAAGGAAUUCCACGGGGGAAAUAGGCUUUAUUUUCCACCUAUGCCUGGUCAGAAAAACAAUGAACCAGUAAACUUCAGCAAACUGAUUAGCAAUGGUUACAGGGACGAUUGGAUUCAGCAGCGUAAUGACUGGGAGAAAAAGAUUCAGCAAACCUCAAAAAAUAACGAGCAGCCUGAAGUACCCUACAUUUUCUUCCAACACCUCAAAGAAAAGCCCCUGUUCCUUCUCCAGCUUGAAAACCAGUGCAACAGCUUGUGCCAUUCAAAUACUAUUGAGAGCGACUGGAAUUGGGCAGCCGCUGGAGUUCAGCUUCUCCUUCCAAGCAAGGUCUAUCUGUAUAGAAUGGCACCUGGUGUAACAGCUGAGAAGAAGACUGAGGAUGAACAGUCAUCAAAGAACACCACCUCCCUGAACGAUGAUAGCUACCUCAACGGAAGCAUUGUUCUGUCCACAUAG